UUAACCCUGUAUCUGUAAUUAGCUUACUCAAUUUAAGCUAAUUAACUAAAAAUCAUGUAUCGUCUUUUCAUCGUAAUAAUAACCAUCUUCUUCUAUAUUAAUAUUAAUAUUCGUAAUAUUGCUGUAAGCUCAACCUCAUCCGGUAAAAUAGAUUAUCUUCCUGGUUUCCAUGGACCACUCCCCUUUCAUCUAGAAACUGGUUAUGUUGGGGUGGAUGUGAAUGAAGAUGUACAGCUAUUUUACUACUUCAUUCAAUCUGAGUCAAAUCCAAAGGAGGAUCCUCUCAUGCUUUGGAUUACCGGAGGUCCCGGUUGCUCCUCUAUUUCGGGAUUGUUCUACGAGAUUGGUACUAUGCAAUUUGAGGCUGUGGAGUACAAUGGAAGUUUGCCAAACUUGAUUUUGACACCCUACUCGUGGACAAAGGCGGCAAGCAUAAUCUUCCUAGAUAUUCCUGUUGGUACCGGUUUUUCCUAUGCAAGAACGACACUUGCUUCUAGUUCUACAGAUAUCCAGUUUAGUGAUCAAGCAUAUGAAUUUAUGAUAAAGUGGUUUCAAACGCACCCGGAGUUCGUUUCCAACCCAUUCUAUGUUGGAGGAGACUCGUAUUCUGGAAUUGCAGUACCUAUAAUAACACAACUAAUAUCAAAUGGAAAUGAAGCUCACACCAAACCAUAUAUUAAUCUAAAGGGAUAUGUGCUUGGAAACCCUGUGACAUUUCCAGAAGAAGAUAAUUACCAAAUUUGUUUCGCAAAUGGAAUGGGGCUUAUUUCUGAUGAACUCUAUAAGUUGUUGUCACGAAGUUGUCAUGGAGAGUAUCGGUUGGAUUAUAUAAGCCCUAACAACAAUGGAUGUUUACAACAUCUUGAGUUGUGCCAAGAGUGCAUAGAUGGGAUCGAAACUGCCCAUGUUUUGGAACCUUAUUGUGGUUCUUUUCGAUGGCCAAUAGAACUAGCAACUCAAAAGCAAUUGAACGAGGAACGUCCACUUUCGUCAUUUUAUUGUCGAGUUGAUGGAUAUAAGCUGGUUUAUUACUGGGUUAAUGAUGUCAAUGUUAGAGAAGCACUGCAUAUCCGUAAGGGAACUGUCAAAGAAUGGAUAAGAUGCAGCUCGGAACUAAACCUUACCACAACAGUAGAUGAUGUUAGACCAUAUCAUCUAAACCUCAGCAAAAAAGGCUAUCGUUCUCUUAUAUACAGUGGUGACCAUGAUAUGGUUGUUCCUCACCAGUCAACUGAAGCAUGGGUAAAAGAUCUAAACCACCCUGUCAUCGAUCAAUGGCGAUCAUGGAAGGUUCAUGGUCAAAUUGCUGGGUACACUGAGAGUUAUUCGAAUAUGAUGACAUUUGCCACCGUGAAGGGUGGUGGGCACACGGCCCCUGAGUACAAGCCAAAUGAAUGUUUUGACAUGUUCAAGAGGUGGAUCUCACAUGAACCGUUGUGACCAUCAUUACAUCUUAUCCCAUAAACAUGUAAAUGUUGCACGUUUCCGUAAAAUAUUAUAUUUUCUUGCGUCAUAACGUAGACUUGCUGAAAUAAAACCCACUUAUUCUGGUGGUCUUGUAUGCUUUACAUAUGAAAACUAACAAACAAAAACUAACAAAUAUACAAAUACAUUAAUGCUGCAAAACUAAAAAAA